AUGGAGACGGCGGAGCAAAAGGAACUCCGUCGAGUCGCAUUCUUUGCGAUUGUCGUCAGUACAGUGGCUGUGAUCGCAGCUGUAGUCACUUUACCGAUGCUGUACAGUUAUGUCGCCAAUUUCCAGUCUCAUCUCAUUAUUGAGACCGAUUUUUGUAAGACUCGUGCCAGGGACAUGUGGGCCGAGAUACAUCACAUCGAUGGGCCUGAGUUCGCUCGUGCUAAGCGUCAAUAUGGUUCGUCACCAAAUCCACCAGCCGUCACUAGCUAUGGACCAGUUGUGAACAGCGAACCAAGUCCUACUUGCUGUCCUUGUCAGCAGGGUCCAGCCGGCCCACCUGGACCUCCUGGAGACGACGGUGAAGACGGAGCGGAUGGAACUCGAGGAAAUGACGGUACAAAUGGAAAGGACGGUAGCAUGCUAGAAUCAGCCAUCAAUAAUGAUGCAUGCAUUAUCUGUCCACCUGGGCCUCCAGGACCACAAGGAAUGGCUGGUGCUAAAGGUCCGCAAGGACCAAAGGGACCUGCCGGAGAAAAUGGUACCGAUGGCAAACCAGGACUGCCCGGUAUGCAAGGCCCAAUGGGUAUGAUGGGAAUGCCAGGAAGACAAGGGGUGGCUGGACCUAAGGGAGCUCCAGGACGAAUUGUUCAGGUUAAUGGCCCAGCUGGACCAGCUGGUCCAAAAGGACCAAGAGGACAGCCAGGACCGCGUGGAGAGGCUGGAAUGGAUGGUGGAAACAUUGAAGGACCACCUGGACCUCCUGGUCAGCCUGGACGUCCAGGACCACCUGGACAAUCCGGCCCACAAGGACCACAGGGACCCCGCGGAGCACCUGGAGAGCCUGGCACUUGCGAGCACUGCCCUAUUCCUCGUACUCCUCCUGGAUAUUAA